GUUACUGCAACAAAAUCAAGGUUGACUGGAAUGAAUCUACCUUCUCCUGUUAUCAGUAGCAAAAACUGGCUCCGACUUCACUUCACAUCUGACGGUAAUCACAAGCUGAAAGGGUUUAGUGCUCAGUACCAAGUUAAAAAGCUGAUUGAGCUGAAAUCUCGAGGUGUUAAAUUACUUCCCAGCAAAGACAAUCAGAAGUCUUCAGUUUUAACUCAAGCAGGGAUGGCACAAGGAUAUAAUAUGUGUCCUGAUCCAGGAAUUCCUGAAUGGGGUAAAAGAAUAGGUCGAGAUUUCAGUCUGGGCUCCAGUGUGCAGUUCUCAUGUGACGAAGGCUACGAGUUGCAAGGGUCUAAAAGCAUCACCUGUCUGAGAGUAACUGACAUGUUUGCAGCUUGGAGUGAUCACAGACCAUUCUGCCGAGCUCGAGUUUGUGGUGCCCAUCUGAAUGGUCCUACCGGAGUUAUUUCAUCCCCCAAUUUCCCAGUUCAGUAUGACAGUGAUGCACACUGUAUAUGGGUGAUUACAGCCUCCGAUCCUGACAAGGUACUGAGGUACAGAGAAAAUGUUUACUUUGCCUGCUGGUCAUUUAAGUAA